AAAAAAAAAAAUAUAUAUAUAUAUAUAAUAAUAAUAAUACAAGGGUGGGGAGAGAAAACUAAGUGCAAUCUGUGUGUGAACAAGUGAGAGGGCAAUUCAGCUGUUUUUUCCUUUGCGUGCACUCAGGAUUGAGAAAGGACAAGUGAGGGAGAGAGUAUACAAGCUUAUGUGUCUGAGUAGGAGAGCUGGAGUGUAAGACGGAGGGAGAGCGCUUUAGCAUGGCUUUUCUCUGCUAUGCUUUUCAGCUCCUCUCUCACUGUAGAAAGAGGCGUGUCCAUGGACCAGUAUAAAGUCCAAGGAGAGCCACUCGUGUUAAGCCAUUCUCAGGAGCGAGUACUUUACACUGCACACCAGCAAGAGGAAGAAAUUGCAGCUGUUAUUUAAAUGCUGCCUUUUGAUGACCUGCUUUGAUUUUGGACACUUGUAGACCCGAUUUUUGGGGGUUUCAUUAGAGGGCGGGCGAGCCUCUGGACUCAAACUCGAAGACAGAGCAAAACUCACCUGAACACAGUGGGUGGAUAUCCUUCCUUCAACUGUUCAUUCCAAAAUAACAAAAAACUUGCUCUGGCACUACAUUUACCAAGCCGAGCUGAUCACGAGCAGGCUCCAAUUUCUGCGCUGUGAAAUUGAAUCAGAGGAACAGAGGGGCAAUACAGCAGAGGCAUUGUGUCCCUGCAAUUGAAACACUAACCAGCUGAAAAUAUCAAAGACCAUCCUGGACAAAGCGUUCCUCUCAAAUCUCCCCAAUUGGUCUGAAAUCUGCAGUUGAAUUAGAAAGUGACCAAAAGCUGCACAACACUCAGAGGAGAGGGAAGCAAAAGGGGAGCAUAAACGAGGGCAAAGGAUUGCUUGCAGGUGCAGGAGCUGCCAUGGUUCGUAGAGGUGGUGUGGGAGUAGCUUCGUCCUGCUGGGGCCUUUGGGCAUUUGGCACCCUGUCGCUGGUGGCAUUGUGCUUGUCGGACCAGGCCAUCCGUUGCCCGGUGUGCUCUGAGGAGAGGCUGGCCAGCUGCCAUCUGCCAGACGGCUGCGAGGAGACUGUGCGGGAGCCCGGCUGCGGCUGCUGCCCCACCUGUGCCCUGCUAAAAGGGGCGCACUGUGGCGUCUACUCGCCUCGAUGUGGCACGGGCCUCCGCUGCUACCCGCCGCGUGGCAUGGAGAGGCCACUGCACUCGCUGAUGCACGGCCAAGGGGUGUGCACUGAUGAGAGGGAGGUGGAGGAGAACUCAGCAAUGGACAGGCAGGAUGAGAUCAUCCCUGACCACCCUAACAACAGCAAUAUCCGCUGCAGUCCACAAGACAAGCGCUGCAUACAGAAGACCCUGGCCCGACACCCUCCAAAAUCCACAAAUCAGAGAAGCAACACUGCCAGAGAGGAGACGAAGGCGGCACUGGCUCCAUGUCGCGCUGAGCUACAGAGAGCGUUGGACAGAUUGGCAUCAAACACUCGCACACAUGAUGAUCUCUUCACCAUCCCCAUCCCCAACUGUGACAAGAACGGAGAUUUCCACCCUAAGCAGUGUCAUCCGGCACGUGAUGGCCAGCGGGGAAGGUGCUGGUGUGUGGAUCAGAAGACGGGCAUGAGGCUGCCGGGCCCACUGGAGCUGCGAGGGGAACUGGACUGCCACCAGUUAAUGACUGCUACCCUGAGGGAAUGAGUAGUGUAUUGGCAGUGGGGGGUGCAGCACCAGCUCAAUUCAACUGGUGCUUAUUAGUAGAACUACACAAGGAAAGGACUUGGCUCUAAAGCCUCGCUUCACCCGAGGCCAGCGGUACUUAGGCCUGAGCAACAAAAAGGAAACCAUUGAAUUGAGUUCUUUUGCUAUUUUGUUUCUGUGUGUGAGAUUAGGUGAUCUCAGAGUCUUUUGAGCACUUGUGUAUUGUUUUUACUAUGUGAACAUAAGAACGAUAGUCUUUAGACACGUGCGCUUUAAAGUUACAGGUGGCAGAAAUUAACCUUCCACAGAUAACUGUUGUAAUUGUGAUCUUUCUUAGAGAGCAACAUGUGUGGUUUUCUCUAGUCUAACUUCAGUAGAGUAUUCUUGGAAGGUAAGAAAAUGCAUUAGCCCCCACCAGAUAAUCAGAACUGAGAAACAGCAGUAGCGGUUAGCAUUUGUUUUGUUUUAUUAUCUCUAGAAAACUUUAUCAAUUGGAAUUACUGCGUCAGGAUAAACCAGAGAAAUCCUCGAUUAAAGGAUCCUGUACUAGUUUUUCCACACGAUUUGUGUAAUUGGUUGUAACGUGUGGCUCUUGUUCUACUGUCCUAUAUGUUGUAAACCCCACCCAUCUGCUAAGUAGGUUAAUACAACGCAAAAACACAAAGUAUAGUUCAGCGACGACACAAGAGUAUCAAUAAAAGAUAGGGAUGAGAAGAUUUCAAUUAAAAACAAAACGGGGACAAAGGAAUGCAACAAUCCCCUGUCUUGAGUUACCAACUGAUACAGUAAGCCAUAGCUUUUCACAACAUUCAGACCAAAGUGAAAAGUGAGAUUAGUUUGAACAACUGUAUCUCUGAAAGGCCAGACUAGAUUUGCUUUUUUGUGUGGUCCAGAGGGACUGGCAGCAGAGCAGGGCUGAGAACUCUGUACACUGCUGAUAGGAUAAUCUUAUUUCUCCAGCUGGUGCUAAAAUGCCAGUGUGACUUUCAUGUUUGUAUGAAUAUGCUUCAACAUGCAGUAUUUCUCUCCAACAGAACUGCUUGACAGAACUUUGGUGGUGCUAUAUACUGAUUGUGCCAAAAUACAAAAGCAAGAAAGAAAAUGGCUUCUGCACUUUUUGGGCAUUGUUAAGGAUUGGAACAGAAGACUGGGAUAUUCAGCAAGUGGAGCAAUUAGCAUCAGCGAGUGUGAGGAUCACGUAAAUGUGUGACUAUCUGCACUAGAUAUUGGCAAAUGCUGCUUUUAAAGUGUGUUUUCAAUGGUAUUGUUACAAUUUAAAAGUAACAUCACACAUUGGCGCUGCACUAUCACUGCAGAUAACUGGCUCAAUGUUUCUUUGGGUAGGGUUGUAAAUUGCAGAGGUGACAUGUCUUCAAUAUACAAGCAGUGUAAUACGUUUUCAAUGAUUAAGCUCCUGGCAGCACAACAACUCCUAGUUGACAUUAAGCUUUGAAUGGAGGAGAUGUAGCAGUAAAGAUAACAUAUUGAUAAGGUGGAAACCAGAUUUUUUAUCUACUAAUCCAACGUUGGUUUUCAGUUCGUAGGGCAUCACACUAAUAAUUAAAAAGGAGUGCAUUACCAGUGCAAGUGAUAUAGCUACUCAAAUAUUUUAGAUACCGUAGGCAAGACUGGGAAUUUUCUUAUGGCAAUUUGAUUGUAUUGGUGGUGUGCAUUAUGAGUUCAGGCGGAGUAGCAGGUUUAAGCUAAUGCUGGUGUUUGUCACCACCAGACAUGGAUGGCCUUCUCCAUCUGUUCCCUGGGAGACUUUGGUUAUUAUUGACUCAAGCACAAAUCCAUCUUGGGUGGAUGGACGGUCAUUACUAGGGUUGCUGUCCCACACGGAACACCAUUAGUGUGUAGAUUACAGUGCAGUAAUGUCAUAUGUUGAAACUGAUAGUCACUGCUACUGUCGUCACACAAUGGAUUUCUGAUGCCUCCACAAUCCUCACUCACAGCUUUAGGACUAUUUGAGCACAACACACUGAAGGAAGUUUCAUUCAGCUCCACACAGAAGUAACACAACUAUUAUUGGUAUGAUUAUAAUGCACUUUUUGCACAUUUUUCCAUACUGAAUUUGGUCUAACAUUAUUUUUCUAAAAUGCAGUAGUAUACGCAGUAGUAUAUGAACAUAAACAGUGAGUCUGAGAAAAGUACAAUCCUCAAAUUUUGGUGCUUCUCUCAUUCCGUUAUUGUGCAAGGUAGUGAAACCUGUAACCUUCAGGUGUGAAAAGUAGUUGCUUUCCAGUAAUCUCCACCCUCUAACUGGGGACAGUUGAUUAUGGGCCAGCCCAUUCUCAAAAUGUUAUGUUGUCCCUUAUGAUCAGACAGAGGAUUUCUCUGAUGUGUUUUCAGUGUAUCCUGAAGGUGAUAUUCUGGACAACAAUCCUUGGAUCAGUAUUCUAUCAUUUUAUUAAAAAACUCCCUUAUGAAAUUGGAAUUAUGUGUUGGUCUAUAUGUAUAUAUAUAUAGGAAUUCCAUGCUUUUGGUUUCCAGUGACUAAAAAGACUACAUACUGCGAGGAAUUUAAUCUUAUCACUGAAGCCAAUGGUCAAUUUGCCGGAAAAAGUGUAUUGCCACCUGAUGACCACUUUUACUUGUCACUAAAGAAAGAAAUGUAUCCAAAGGUAGUUUACCAAAACACAGACAGAAAGAUAGAACAUGGCAUGGGUGGAGAAUCAGUGCUAAAACUUACAAAUGUCAAAAACCAAAUAUCCUAAAACUCGUUCCAAAGACUACAAACAAAGUAUCUGGCGACAUCAUGACUCAUUCAGAGAACUGCAGGCACACAAAAAGGUUAUCAUUCAUCACCUACUGAAGUGUUACUAAACACAUUCAAACACAUUUCUCUGUUGACUGUUAUCUCUGAGAGAGAUGGCAAAUGGUUUUGGCUUUGACUUUGUAAAGGCCUUCUAACUACAUAAACUGUGUAUUUAAGCUAUAGUACGUUGCUUGAUCUCUAACUUUGCUGUACUGAACUGUAAUUGCAUUUCGCGAGAAUAGACUGUUCCUGUUUGCCUUUGAUAUUAUCUAUUAAUGUGUAGAAGAUAUGAAGUAAUGUUUGCAUGCAUACAAAUGGGCUGGGGUUGGAAACUGCUUUGGUCUUGUCCCGAACAGGACCAUUAUACAAAAACACUGAAGUUAUUAAAGAACUGAAAUAUAGAGUUUUUAACCAUUUAAAUGAUCAGUUACAUUGUAAAUAUUUACCUGAUGAAAAUGUACACAUUGUAAUACAUCAAUUAAAACACUUUAGAAACUA